CCUUGCAGCUUGCAGACUUGCAGUUUGCAGCAUCGCCAUCUCAUGUUUCAACCACCUGAGUCCAUUCAUUGAUUUUCAACCCACCGUUUCAUUCGCACAUCAUUGGUACCAGUAGCCUACGCGGCUACAUCUUGUUGCUUUGGCCCUCAAUUAUCAGUUCUCCAGUUCUCCUUGCAAUUGGACUAAUUUAAUAGCGUGUUGCGCCGAGGGUCGCAUUUAGCCGCCUCCAUUCGAGAAAAAUCUCUUGUCGACGUCCGGUCUUUGCCAGAUUUCCAUUUCAGCCUUGCCAAUCUUCAGAAUAUCCCUCGGUCUCCAAGUUUGCAACUCGUUUCGAAAGUUCCCUCUAUACGUCAUAAUUCCAACCGUUUUGUUCCCGUUCUACAUACCAAAUUUUGUUCAAGUCGCCUGUUAAUCGAGAUUUUGGUGCGGGUACUAACGGCGACGCCAUUCAAACAAUAUAGAGGCAUGUUUGCGCCGGUCGUCCGAUAAACCCUUAUACGUAUCGUAACAAACACCAGGGUGCAAUUUCUUUCGUUCGGACAUCUAAUCGUGCACGUAUUUCUCAAUCCGAGGAAAAAUAACCGGUCGAAUUUCUCCAAGUAGCCUCGCACCCGUCAAUUUUACGAUGCCUUCAGCUAGAAGAGUACGCCUCCUCAUGAUGGUAGUGCUCGCCGCUGUCAUCACCACCUUAUUCUUCACAUCCCAGAUGCGGUCGGCAAUUCCCCACGACAACCGGACAGUACAUGAUUUCUUUGGCAAGACUAUGAAUGGCUUAGGACCUCAAAAAGGUUCUGGACAAGUUGUGAUGAGUGGCAAAGGAACGACCGUUGAUUCUACAGUAAAAGACAAGGAUGGGGAUGGAUCUGUCGACGAAGACGACGAGCAGUUGGCAAAGGAGAUGGCCGAUCGGUUACGUGCUGCCGAGCAGAAGGCCAAGGACUUGGCUAAUGCUAAGGCGCCACUAAAGCCAGAUGCUCCGAGUGAGGUCGUUGGUAUAGGGAGUUCGGCUGGAGGGCAGAAGAAAGGCGCUUCCCAGGGGAACUCAAAGGAGACAGACGAGGAGAGCAAAGAGUCAGGGGAAGAUCGCGAGGUCGAAGCGACUCUUAAUAAUUUACUCAAGAAAUCAUCUGUUGUUAUUUUCUCGAAAACGUUCUGCCCGUAUUCUAAAAGGGCAAAGGGUGUCCUUCUCGAGAAAUAUUCUAUCGACCCCGCCCCUUACGUUGUCGAACUAGACGAGCAUCCCUUAGGCAAGCAACUACAAGCAAAAUUAGGUAUUAAGACGGGACGUAAGACAGUGCCCAAUAUCAUGAUCAAUGGCAAGAGUGUUGGGGGUAGCGACGAAAUUGCCGAGCUAGACUCGAGAAAGACCCUCAUUGAUAAGUUUAAGUCUAUGGGAGGGAAACAGUUAUCCAUGAAGGAGCGAUUCGUCGGGAACGCCAAAGAGAAGCAGAGGUAACGACAGGCACAUGCGGACACCUAAACAACAGUUUCUUCUCGGGAUAUCUUGGGGGUCACAUGAAUACGGAACGCGGUAAUACGGACAAACCGUUGUCAUCUGCAUGUAUGGCGUUGGGGUUUCUUUUACUAAGUACUAUUGUGUUGGGCAAUUGGGUCCGGCACGGUAUAAGACCAAGGCGUGGUCUUCGGCUUUUGCGUUCUAGACUUACAGCUCUAGGACAUUUCCCAGUGUAUGAUAAUGUGCUGAAGCACGUACAUCUUGUGCCUGUAUGAACAUAUAUAGGUACCUACCUACGUAUCCGGAUAGGGCCUUCGAGCCGGCUUUUGAGGAUUAUUUAUGGGGUAGUCUUCAUACGAACCAGUAAGCCCAGGGUUUUAAGCAAAUAUUCAGCUUGCGAAGAAUGGCGUUGGAGAUUAAUAGCAACUGAUGACGCAAAGAUUGAGAUGCGAUUCUUCUUUAGUUGACCGUAGUCCUCGCAAUCGUAAAUAGAUCGUGAUUGUAAGAGUGGUAUUGUAGAC